GAAGAAAUGCAGCCGGCGCCGAGGCGACUGAGAACAGUUUGCGUCUGGGUGUCCAUCAAUCUGAAUUUGUUAUUCAUUAUGCUUCAACGGUUCCUGCCUAAUCUUUUCUCGCAACUGAUUCCACACACGCACUCUCGCCCUCCGUAGCCAUUUUGGCUCAAGCCACUUUGACUCAAGCGAAUUCACAUUUGGCCAAAGCGAACUCAUUUCCAGCCGACUGGUCAACCAGGGAGUCCUCUCAAUCCCCUCUUGGAUCCCUAAUUAAGUCGUCAUUGCAAUGGUUGGCUCAGGGUCGUGCGCUGCGAAGUGUUGCAGUCCCAAAGCACGCAUGGGUUGCGGCGCGUGGAACAUCUUGACGUCAACCUUCGUGUUGAUUUACGCGUGCAUGGAGCAGUCGCGUUACAAACCAUUCUUCACGCCCAUUGAGUGCACCAUCCCCUUACCAAGUACUGAUGGAACUCAGCUCACAAACGCGUGCGAGAACCCCAAUGAGUACAGCAUCACUACGAAGAAAGAGGACAGCAUGACGAAUACGUACAUUCAGGCGUUUUCCACAACGACCAGCGAACGUUAUCUGUUUCACAUCGGCCACGGCGCUCCGUCGCAUGAUGUGGUGUUGCAGGCGAACGGCGCUUGCGACAUUGUUGCUGACGUAUUUUUUAAUCUGACCGCAAUGCAAACGCCAGCCUUCGCAGGCAUCAUUGGAUCCUUGUUUUUGCAGGGCUACUCCCCGAUGUACACCCACACCAUCUCAACUGAUGAGGUCUGCAUGACGAUCAUGGGUUUGCCACUCUGCUCUACGGCUACCAGCGACUUGUGGUGCGGUUGGUUGAGCGGCCCUUGUUUCGUCCCUGGUCCAAACGACAGUGCCCCGCCAGCAUUCAAUCCUACAUGUGUCUACACUGGCAUGGUUUGUAGUCCGACAGAGGAGGAGAUGUUGAAAUGGGCAACCCCUGAACAUUUGGGCCUCGCAGUCAUUGGCCAAGACCCCUGCCCAGCGCACACGGGUCUGCCAGCAAGUCUCAAUUGCAGCGUAGUGUCUGCGCCAUUUAUCGACACCAACAUGGUCCAGCAACCUAUCAGUGGCUUCGUCGAGGUGAGGUUGACCGAGGAGGCCAGGAAGGCGGCGAAAGGAGCGGAGAAUGUCGUCACGAUUUUCACCUCUGUGGUCAUAGGCGUCAGUGCUCUGGUAAUCGUUUAUAGUCUUGUGGAUGUGGUGCGCGCUUUCCGCGCGUGGAAAACUGUUGAGGUUUCUGGGCCACCAGCUAGCAUCGCAGCUUCUGGGCUUCCAACAGUGCUAGCAUCGAAUCAGGAUCAGGAUCAGAAGGGGGCGCGGCCUGUGGCCGUCUGAGAUGGCGAGCCAAGCUCUGCACGGGGUAUGGAAGGCACGGGCACGACGACUCAAAAUGAUGGGGUCGCCUCCAUUGGUGAGUCUUGCAUUGGAGUUUUGCAUGCUCGAUGCCGUCGGCGUUCCUCUUGCGUGGCUCUGGGAUGUCUGGGGCGCAACGCGAUGGGCCAGCGGGCCUUUCUGCUGUCUUCAAUCUUUCAGGCGCCCUCAAUAUGCCAGUCUUUGGGGCAUCCCCGACGUCUUGCCAGCUGUAGCGCGAUCGUAUUGCGUUGCGCAGGCCUUUUCUUGUACAUGGUUUAGGACCGCCGUGCCAGGCAUUAUUCGCACGCUAGAAUGCUAAUGCAAGCUGCGCGCAUGCUCCGAGGCUGGUCCGUCGUCAACCGCGAGAAAAGUAUCCCGGCAAAGCAACCUACCAG